AUGUCUAUCUGGAGACCAUUCAAUUUUGAAGAAGUCAACACUGUCGAGGAUGAUAAGACGACUCAGGCGACAGAGGUAGUGGGACCUCUGUCGUCGGAUUUGAGUGUGUCACGCGUGCCACAAUCUGUAGCUGUGCCUGUGUCGGCGGCACACCCGACGCUGUCGACGUACCCGGUAUACCCGACAGGGCCAGGGUACCUGCCGCUGCCUCCACGCCAUGGAGAAGUGGAAGUUUCCUCAGGUGGUAGUUCAUUGGUAGGCUACCAUUCUUUGAGUACGCCGUCAUCGUCACCCCCGCCUGGCCCACCCGCCACUGCACAGGACAAAUCGACUGCAGAGCUGGAAUUUGAGGAUCCAGAUUAUCGCCGUUACGUUGACGCUGCCAUGGCUGCCAUAAAAAAUCAUCAAGGUGGCACUUUAGUCGGAAGCAAUCCGAACAUGCGUCGCGCUGUGCGGUCGCAAGCGCAAGCCGGCACCGUGGCGGAAGACGACGCCUACCGACGCACGCGCGAGAAGAACAACGCGGCGGCGAAGAAGAGCCGCGACCGGCGGAAGCUGCGCGAGGUAGAACUGUCGGUGGAGGUGUCGUACCUGAAGCAGCAGCUGGCGGCGCUCAAGGCGACGCUGCGCUCCCGCGCCUGCACACGCUGCCGCCGCUCCAGUCUGUGCUAG